GAAGACUGAAAGGAGGAGGAGAGUUGUGGAGUGCAGCACACAGACAGAGCUGCUAUGGACCCUGGAGUUUGUGCUCUGGAGUUGUUGGGGGUCUUUUUCUCAUUAGGCGCCUGGUUGUGUUCUCUCAUGACCACCAUGAUGUCCCAAUGGCUCACGCUUUCCACGGAGCUCCUUCCGACAGAGAGGUUCGAGCUGGGAUUGUGGGAAACUUGUGUGGUCCAGGAACUGGGCAUUACGGAGUGCAGACCGUACGACAGUCUGUUGGGUCUCCCUUCUGAUAUCCGCCUGGCCAGAAUUUUGAUGUGUACGACAGUGGCGAUCGGUCUAAUCGGGUUGUUAUUUGCAAUCCCAGGCAUCUACCUGGUCAACAGCUGCAAACGCACCGAGACCCUCGAAGCCAAGAGGACCCUUAAAAUGCUUGGUGGAAUUUUUUGCUUUGUCGCAGGAAUACUCGGGCUGGUGCCCGUGUCAUAUAUUGCACACCUGACGGUUCUGCGGUUCUUCGAUGAAAGCGUGCCCAGUGUGGUUCCACGUUGGGAGUUUGGGGAUGCACUCUUCUUCGGCUGGACGGCAGGGUGUUUACAUUUGGUCGCUGGUUUUCUACUGGUCACCUCCUGCAUAUGGCUGCAAAAUGAAGAGUGCCAGCUAAUCCAAUCAAUGACGCUUAACAGAACACAAAUUAUGAAUCCAGAACAUUCUCCAAGAAGAAGGACAGAAUAUGUGUGAGGAAAUGAGUCUAUGAACCUUCCCUCGGGUCGGUUAGGCACGUAUCAUUCAUUUGGCAUCAACUAAUGUUUUGCGUCGAUAAUAAUUUAAUGAUCGGCAUAGAUCAGAUUUGAGUUUAAAAAGUAGUAUGUGAAUACAGUGCUGCUGUUUCCUGCACAUUCUUUUGGCAGAUUAGACUUAAUUUCCAUGUAAUAAUUUAGAUGUUAAAUCAUCUGUAUAUAUCGUUGCAACAUUUUUGUAAAUCACUUUAAAAGCUUGAAGUUUUAAUUUCAACAUGGUUGAACACUGGUGAGGUUUGCACAUAUGUGAACAUGUUCUUGCAAUUCUACUGACAUUUUUCGUAAUUUAUUAAUCAUGAAAAUGAAAUAUACAAACUUUCCAAGAAAGUGCAACUUAGACUUUUAUAACUACAAAGUCAUUAUAAGAAAGACAAUUUUAUGCUAAUUAUCCAAAUAUUACUGUGAUACCAGAUGCAACAUCAAGCUUGUCAGUGUGUCUAUUUUUACUUUUUAAAACCAUCAUAUAUGAUGUUUGAUAUCUCAGAGCAAAGUACCAAAGCUGCCGUGAUUAGUAAAUAAAUUAACUGAAUGUUUGUCUCU